AAGAAUACGUACUUGCAGAAUUUUCUUUCAAUCACCUGCAAAACAAACUCCACCACCACCAUUCCCUUUCUCUUUUAGGUUUCAAUGUCAUCAUCUUCUCUUUUCAAAGUGCUGUUGUCUCUUGUUAGUUUUGCCAUAGAUUCCUAGCUAGUACUCUUAAUUAACCAAUCCAUUUCAAUCAUAACGUCCUUAAUUAUGCUCUCUUUCUUAGAUCUCUUUUAGAUAUUAAUCCAUGAUUCAUUCCAACCCUUUGUAUCAAUCAUACAACAUAGAUCUUUCCUGGGGGUGCAGGUCAUAUUCAGGAUGUACGAUCAUUUUGCUGGCUGAUCUUCCUCGAAUAUUUUCUGGUCAUUUCAACUGACGUGUUGUUAUAUGGAAGUUCUUGUAUGGGCACAAAAUCAUAGACAUAUAUAGGAUAACAUAAAUUCUACACCAGAGAUUGUUAUUCAAAAAAAAAUGAAAAAAUCACAGGAGUGGCAGCGUCUAGGCAUUUCCGAUUUACCAGACAUUAUGCCAGCGGCGCAACGCCACAGACAACCUGUAAAGGGGACAGUUUGGGUCAUUACAUUGAUUUCUUUGAUUAGCAUCUUUCUAAUUGGUGUUUAUAUCUAUCCUCCAAGAGGAUAUUUAUCUUGUUAUGUUUUUUCUGGAAUCGGUUGUAAGUCUAUCUCCGAGUGGCUACCACCUAGUACUCCUCCGACCAGGGAAUACAGUGAUGCUGAGAUCGCAGCUCGUGGUGUCAUCAGAGAUAUCUUGCAGGCACCUCCUUUGCAAACAAAGACGCCUAAAAUCGCUUUCAUGUUCUUGACUCCGGGCGCAUUACCUUUUGAAACGCUAUGGGAUAAGUUCUUUGACGGUCAUGAAGGCAGAUUCUCCGUCUACGUACACGCAUCUAGGGAAAGACCGGUACAUUUGAGCCGUUACUUCGCCAACAGAGACAUUCAUAGUGAGAAGGUGGUAUGGGGUAAAAUUUCUAUGGUUGAUGCAGAGAGGAGACUACUUGGAUUGGCCUUCCAAGACCCUGAUAAUCAACAUUUUGUACUUCUCUCAGACAGUUGUGUUCCACUUCAUAAUUUCGAUUAUGUCUAUAACUAUUUGAUGGAUAUAAAUAUGAGCUUUAUUGAUUGCUAUGACGAUCGAGGACCCCAUGGAUCUGCUGGCAGGUAUUUAGAGCAUAUGUUACCUGAAGUUGAAUACAAGGACUUCAGGAAAGGUUCUCAGUGGUUCACAAUGAAGCGGCAACACGCUAUGAUAGUCCUGUCAGAUAGUCUUUACUACGAGAAGUUCAAGCUUUACUGCAGGCCAGGUAUGGAGGGAAAUAGGAAUUGCUACUCUGACGAGCAUUACUUUCCGACACUUUUCCAUAUGAUGGAUCCUGGAGGCAUAGCAAACUGGUCAGUGACAUACGUGGAUUGGUCUGAAAGGAAGUGGCAUCCGAAAGCAUAUCGAGCUCAGGAUUGUACCUAUAAUCUCCUGAAGAACAUUACAUCUAUUGAUGAGGGUAUACAUUUUACUAGUGAUGAAAGGCAAAUACUGAUGGAUGGAGCUUGCAUGUGGAAUGGGAUGAAGAGGCCGUGUUAUUUGUUUGCUAGAAAAUUCUACGCGGAAACUCUGGACAUUUUGAUGCAUUAUUUAUCCAAUUACGCAGUUGGUAGAAACAUAGAUCCUACCGUUGAUUAUUAAUUCUUUGUCACCAACUCGGGUUCUUUGUAGAAAAUAUUAGAACACUACUUCUGACCGCCAGAUUUGAUAGAUUUAAUGUAGAGAAACUUCAUUCUGGUUCAUAUGUUCAUUGGAUCUUCGUAUAUAGAAAUAUUAUGUACGUACAAUGAUUCGCUGCAAUUAUGAUAAUGGAGCUUAAUUUUUUGCUGUAAUUGGUGUUAUUUUUUCCUUUCAAAGCACCCAUUUAUGAGUACGGCGCAUCAGCAUUAUUUUCAUCUUUGUAAAAUAAUCUAUAUAAGAUCUUCAUUUUUUUUCCGUACAUUAACAAAUA